AUGGACGCAAAUCCCAGUCGUCAGCAUGAGCAAGGUACUCGUCCAAAGAAGGGACGGAUGGAGGAAAGGAGAGAUCGAGAAAGUAAGAAGCCAGGCCCUCCAGUACGGAACCAGCAGUAUACCCCUUUAAACGCCCCACUUGAGCAAGUCCUUAUGCAAAUCAAGGAUGAUCCUUCCUUGAAGUGGCCAGAGAAGAUGAAGGGUGAUCCCAAUAAGCGCAACAGGAACAAGUAUUGUCGCUUCCAUAGGGAUCAUGGUCAUGACACGGACGAGUGUUUUGACUUGAAGCAGCAAAUUGAAAAUCUCAUAAGCUAUCCGUUACCGCGCAUUGACCAGUUAGUAGACUCAACUGCAGGCCACAAAUUGCUUAGCUUCAUGGAUGCCUUUUCAGGAUAUAAUCAGAUAAGAAUGGACGAGGCUGAUCAAGAGAAGACAUCUUUUGUCACCAGUCAAGGCUUAUUCUGCUAUAAAGUGAUGCCGUUUGGUUUAAAGAAUGCAGGGGCGACAUACCAGAGGUUGGUCAACCAUAUGUUCCGUCCGCAGAUUGGGCGGAAUGUGGAAGUCUAUGUAGAUGACAUGCUGGUGAAAAGCCAGGACGAAGGAAGACAUCUAGACGACCUGCAGGAGACAUUUGAGACGUUGAGGCAGUAUCACAUGAAGCUGAAUCCUAGCAAAUGUGCGUUUGGAGUAUCGUCAGGGAAAUUCCUUGGCUUUAUGGUAUCCCAUAGGGGAAUUGAAGCGAAUCCAGAUAAAAUUCAUGCAAUACUGGACAUGAAGCCACCGCAAAAUACCAAGGAAAUUCAAUCCCUCACUGGACGAGUCGCUGCGCUUAACAGAUUUGUCUCUAAGGCUACUGACAAAUUGGAAGGAGAGGAACUAUAUUUGUACCUAGCGGUAACCCCACAUGCAGUGAGCUCAGCAUUGAUAAGAGAGGAAGAUAAAGUACAAAGACCUGUGUAUUAUACAAGCAAGGCAUUGAAAGGAGCGGAAGGACGAUAUCCACAAAUGGAGAAGUUGGCCUUCGCACUAAUCACAGCUUCAAGGAAGCUGAGGCAUUAUUUCCAAGCACAUGUCAUUAAUGUUAUGACAGAUCAUCCUCUCAAAAAGGCAAUGAAUAGACUGGAUGCUGCAGGACGAUUAAUCCAGUGGGCUGUGGAGCUAAGUGAGUUUGAUAUCAGAUAUCAACCAAGGCAUGCCAUAAAAGCUCAAGCCCUAGCAGAUUUUAUUGCAGAGUUUACCCCAAGUCAUAACGAGGCAGAGGACAGCAAGAGAUGGAUCGUCCACGUGGAUGGUUCGUCUACACGGCAUGCAGGAGGAAUUGGUGUGGUCCUGCAGUCCCCAGAGGGAGACAAGCUGAAACAUAAAGAAGGACGAAUGAAGAAAUACCUUGGUAGGGUGAUGCGCCUUGUGAAAAGGUUUGAAAAAGCUGACUUCGUUCAAAUCCCCAGGGAGGAGAACGUGGAAGCUGAUACUAUAGCAAAAGAGGCCUCAGCAGAUGAAUCAUUAGAGAAGUCAGAUGAAGUUCAGUAUAUGCCAAGUAUAGAUGCCCAGGAAGUACAGCAGGUAGAUAACAAAGAAGAUUGGAUGACUCCCAUUAUAUCAUAUUUGAAAGAUGGACGACUACCAGAAGAAAAGGACGAAGCCAGAAAGGUGAGGGUGAGAUCAGCUAGAUACGUCCUUAUGAAUGAAGUGCUAUACAAGAGAGGUUUCUCUCAACCUUACCUUAGGUGCCUAGCUCCAGACGAAGCAAACUACGUGCUGAGAGAAGUUCACGAAGGGGCCUGUGGCAAUCACUCAGGAGCCAGAUCACUUGUCCACAAGAUCGUCCGUGCAGGAUAUUACUGGCCGAACAUGCAAGCUGAUGCAAAAGCAUAUGUUAAAGUCUGCGACCAAUGCCAGCGAUUUAGCAAUGUCCCCAGGCAACCGUCGGAAUACCUCACCCCAAUGGUAGCACCGUGGCCCUUCGCACAAUGGGGAUUGGAUAUCUUGGGUCCCUUCCCUUUGGGAGUAAGGCAGAUGAAGACCACUGUGAGGACCCCUACAGGGGAGACUCCUUUCAAGUUGGCCUAUGGAAGCGAUGCAGUCAUACCUGCAGAAGUGCAUAUGGCUAAUCACAGGGUGAUGACGUAUCAAGACAAGGAUAAUGAGGACCAGCUUCGUCUGAACCUCGAUCUAAUAGACGAGGUAAGGGCAAACGCAGAAUACAGGGCAGCAAAUUUGAAACUAUGA